AUGUCGUCCGAGGAGCACGUCGAGGAUCACCAAGGAGUAGACGGCGAUGGGGCACUGUCUGGGCCCGAGCCGCACCCGUACGUCCACGAGCCGGUGCUGUACAUCAGUGCGGUGCCGCCGUUCGUGACAGACGAGAAGCUAGCAGUGGCCUUCGCACCCUGCGCGCCCUUCCGGCCGCAGAUCGCGCGCGACGGCCCCGGCCCGUUCAGCGGGACGAUCGAAUUCAAGUUUGUGGAAAAGGCAGAGAAGGCGCUCGCCAUCCUCGCAGGCAGGCCGAUCCCGGGCAUCGCGCCCCUCGUCACCCUCGUCCUCUCUCCAUACCCGCACACGAACCCUCCCACGCCUCUCCCUCCCCCAAGCGCAACCGCACGCCUCGUCAAGCAUCUCCCGCAGACGUACACGGACAGUCAACUUUACGAUUUGUUCCGGCCCUACGGCGCGCUCGCAUCAGUCAAAGUCCAGGCCGGGCUCGGAAAGGAUAUUGGAUCAGUUGAAUUCUGGCGCGAAGAAGACGCACGUCAGGCGGAGGACGCGCUUCACUGCGCCGACGUAGAAGGAAACACGAUUUCCGUCCAGGUCUACCAGCCUCAGCGCAGGGGCCCGUCCCAGCCGUUCUCCGCCCAGGCGCCGCCGUUUGUUCCCCAGGGCCACCAGGUACCCUACCCGCACCGCUCGCCUACGAGUCCGCGCUCACCAACAAAUCCGCUUUGGAAUGGUUAUGCUCCCCCUCCCCGUGCCGGUCCCUUCCAGCGCACGCCCUCUGGACCGCAACCCUUUAUCCACGGCCCCGGCCAACAGGUGCAGCUUGCACCCAUGCACGGCCCCGGCUCGAACUCGCAUUCGGGCCUCAUUGACCCUUGCAAUCUCUUCUGCAAAAACCUUGAUCCUUCGAUCGACUCGAACGGUUUGUUUAGCCAUUUCCGUCAGUUCGGGCAGAUUGUCAGCGCUCGUGUGAUGCGCAACGAGAAUGGCGAAUCGCGUGGCUUUGGCUUUGUCUCGUACCAGACGCCUGAACAAGCCAUGGCCGCAAUGCAAGCCAUGAACGGUGCAGUCCUUGGUCAGAAGCAGCUCGUCGUCCGUCUGCAUGAGCCCAAGCAACUUCGCCAGGAGAAGCUGGCCGCUCGCUUUGGUUCCGGCACUGGGAACGGUCACCCCAGGUCGGCAUCGGGUGCCACCAGCCCAACGCCGUCCGAGGGGGGCGAGAGCAUGGCGUGGCCUUCGCCAUCAGUACGCUCCAUCUCGCUGGGUUCGCCUCACGCGCACAACGAGCGUCUCGCCGACCGUCCUCGUCGUGGUUCAGGCAGUUAUUACAAUGCCGCACUGUCGGGCACGCUGAACAUCCCGAUGCGUUAUGACGAUCUCGCAGCACUGACACCUGUCAUGCGCAAGGAAAUCCUUUCCGGCGAGCUCCAACGUCGCAUCAGCUCGCUCAACGUCGUACCCGCGGCGGAGAUCGACAACUACGUCGAGGGUGUCAUGCGCCUUUCCCUCGCCGAAAUCCUCGGUACCCUUCAGGAGCCGGGCAAACUCGACGAGCAGAUCGAGAAGAUUCGCAACGGUAGCAACCUGGCUGCACCUGCGCAACAACCGAGCGGGACCGCAUCCUCGUCCGUAUCUGGUUCAGCGCCUGCUUCGAAUGGUGGCGCCAGUCAAGAUGCGCGCUUACUUGACGCCACCGCGAGCGCUCCGGAACACCCGAGCACGCCUGUGAGCGUCUCGCCCGCGCUGUCCACGCCUCCGCGGACUGCCUCGCCUGCUCCAAGUGCGUCCCUUGCGCCCAACGCGAACGAGCGCGAGCGUAUCUUUGCCGCCGUCGCGCGUAUCGAGACGGCCCGCGCACAGGAGGUCGCGCAGCUCAUCAUGGGCUUGCCGAAACGUGAGCGCGCGAUGUGUCUUUUCAACGUGGAGGUCCUCCGGAGCAAGGUCGAGGAAGCCAAGAUGGUACUUGCUGCGGAUGAGGAUGACGAGGAGGAGCAGAAGCCUACCCAGGCGCCCGUCACGCCCGUCAAGCCUCGCGCAGUGGCGGCAGUACAGAGCCCUGCCACCCCGGAUCUCAGCAGCCGCGGCCCGAGCGCCGCUGCGAGUCCUGCGCCUGCUACGCCUUCCGCGCCGGCUUCACAGGCGGGUCAAGAUCCCGCGCCCGGUCAGACGCAUACGCUUGCGAGCCUCGCGUUGCUCCCGGCGACCGAGAUCGUUCGUCUCGCACGUGCACCGGGCGGCGCAGGUCAAGGUCUUCCCCUGCCCAAAGCGGACGCCCUCGUCGUACGCGAUACGGACGCGUGGGUCGACUCCCUGCAGAGCAUGCCCACGGCGCAACAGAAGCAGGCUGUCGGCCAGAAGCUGCAUGCAUUGCUCAAGGCGCAGGGCUUCAAGCGCGAUUCGGCCAAGAUCACGGUUGCGUUCGUCGACGCUGAGGAUGUCAGGUCGCUCGCGCAUUGCGUGGCGUGCUGGCCGGAGGUCGUGAAGGAGAAGGCGAAUCGCAUGGUCAAAGCGGGGUUGAAGUAA